UCAACAUGGCGGUCGUCCGGAGUGCGCUCCUAGCGUACGUUUAAAACGCAAUUAAACACGCACCGUUCACAUACCCGUCUUAUUAAAUGUGUUGUUCGUGUAUCAAAAAUGUUACAGUUGCAGUGUUAAGAGUUGUUUGAUAUUUAUACAGUCGGUGUGUUAUAUUGUGUUGCAUGAGUGACCAUAAUGGGGUGCUGGGUAGUGCGCGGGAUGGACGCCAUUCACCGGCCAGUACUGAACAGCUAACAAAAUGCCAAACGGAGCCAGAUUGCGUAGCGAUAGGUAGCAGGCUGCGCGGCGCGAUGGGCACUCGCCCGCCGGCCGCGUUCUGGCCGCAGCUGUGGGCGACUGUGGUCAGGAACUUGCUGCUCAAGAAACGCGACACCAGGAAGACGCUCGCUGAAGUACUGGUUCCUCUCUAUUCCCUGGGAGUGCUGAUCUUCCUCAAGAUGCUCGUACCGAACCCCAACUUCCCCGAAGUCAGGAAACCGGGCCGCCUCCUCCGUAUCCAUCAUGAUGCAGUGUCUGAUAACCACGUGGUGGCCGUCGUGGCAGACUGGUACAACAGUAACGGAACAUUGGCUUUUCUAGAUGAAGUGAACGUAAUGCUAACUGAUUCUGGGCAGCAUCCAAUCACGUGGAUCAGGUACAAUGACACUACGGAUCUAGACGACGCCUACCAUGGUGAUGCCAAGAGAUUUCCACUGGCUGUCAUCUUUCACACGGAUCCUAGUGUAUAUGGUGAACCAUUAAGAUACACAAUACGUACUAACCCAUCAAAGGACGGAGGAACGCCAUCUACGAGGACUUUGACCACUUCGCCAGCGAAAUGUCGGGAUCGAACCAAUACGGAUUGGUCUACAGACUGGUCCCGUGGGGGGCAAUUGAUACCACUAUCAGAAAUGCAUAGAGAGGACACGUGUCCAGUGCUACAAUAUUAUUAUACUGGUUUUCUGGCAUUGCAGACACUGAUAGACUAUGUUAAAAUUAAGCUGGAUACAGGCAGAGAAUUCCUCCCCCCACGGGUGGAUCUUCUCCAAUUUCCCAAGCGGCAGCACACUGGUGAUUGGCUGGUGAUAUUCCGGGUGAUUAUGCCCAUGUAUAUGGUGAUGACGCUGUCGCAAUUCAUCACCUACCUCUUGAUGCUGGUGGUGGGGGAGAAGGAGAAGAAAAUCCGGGAAGGCAUGAGGAUUAUGGGCUUGAAAGAUUCCGUUUAUUGGGGUUCCUGGUUUUUAAUCUACGCAGUAUUUGUUACGAUUUUAUCUAUUGUAAGCACAGUUCUAUUGUUUACUUUAAAGGUGUUUCAACACUCGUCUUAUAUUCUGAUAUUCCUUCUGAUGCUCCUCUUUGGGUUCACUAUUAUAACUUUUGCGUUUAUGCUGACUCCUUUCUUCGAUAAAGCCAGAACCGCAGGUAUCCUAGGCAGUUUCGCGGUGAACCUAAUGUCUGGACUUUACUUCAUUCAAGUGUUUGUGUCUAACGCGGAUUCGCUCGCCUUCUGGUUCCUCUCCCUUAUCAGCUCCAGUUGUUAUGCUCUCGCUAUGGAUAAGGCUCUAGUGCUUGACAUGGCGGGAGUGGGGGUGACCUGGGAAAACCUGUGGAGCGGGCCUGGUGUUCCCUUCGGUGGGAGCCUCAUCAUGAUGGCCAUAGACACCAUUAUCUAUGCCUUUACGGCUUAUUGGCUGGACGCUGUUAUACCUAGUGAGUACGGCAUCAAGCAGAAGCCCUGGUUCUGCCUCCUGCCGUCCUUCUGGUUCGGCAGCAGGCGCGGCCGGGUGUCUGCUGUCCACUUCCAUUCGAACGGGGAUGCACAUAAUAAGGAUAUUGAACCUGUGCCCAAGGAACUGCAAGACAAAGAAGCUAUCAGAAUCGUCGGUCUCCAAAAAUCCUUCCGCCAUUGUCGUAAGCCAGAAAUCAAAGCCAUCGAUGGCAUCGAUCUGAGCAUCUACGAGGGUCAGAUCACAGCAGUUCUAGGUCACAAUGGAGCUGGGAAGUCUACGCUAUUUAACAUUCUGACUGGUUUAACAGCACCCACUGCUGGUACCGCGUAUGUGUAUGGAUUGGAUGUUAGAGAUCCCAAUGACAUGCAUGAAAUCCGCCAAAUGACAGGAGUUUGUCCCCAGCAAGAUGUGCUCUUUGAUUUAUUAUCUGUGAAGGAACACUUAAAAUUUUUCGCGGCAAUUAAGGGUAUACCAAGUAAGAGAAUAUCAGACGAAGUCCACAAAGCUGUGUCGGAAGUGGGCCUGUUGGACCAAAUGGACGUGUUCUCGAAGCAUCUGUCCGGGGGCCAGAAGAGGAGAUUGAGUAUAGCCAUCGCUUUUAUAGGAGACCCUAAGAUAAUAAUCCUAGACGAGCCCACAGCUGGAGUCGAUCCAGUGUCGAGAAGGAAGACGUGGCGAAUCCUGCAGAGAGCAAAACGAGGGAGAGUCCUGUUGCUGACCACGCAUUUUAUGGACGAAGCUGAUAUACUGGGUGAUCGGAAAGCUGUUAUUAGUAAGGGCAGGGUACGCUGUGCUGGCACUUCGUUGUUUUUAAAAAACAAGUUUGGUAUCGGGUACCAUUUAACACUGGUGCUGGAUGGCGCAUGCCGCGAGAACCAGAUCACGCGGCUCGUGCGCGGGCACGUGGGGCGCGCGGAGAAGGCGCGGCGGCACGGCCGCGAGCUGUCCUACAUCCUGCCGCACUACGCCGUACAUCUCUUCCCGCCGCUCUUUCAUGCUAUCGAGACUGAGAUACGGGAGAAGACGAAUCGGCUGGGUAUCACGAGUUACGGCGUGUCAAUGACAACAUUAGAAGAAGUAUUCCUUAGUUUAGAAGGUGAAAAUACGGAAGAAAUGGAAUCGGUGGAAGGUGUAUCUUCUGUGAAGCUGGUGCGCGCUAGAGCGUUGUCCAGAAGUCUCUCGUUACAGAGCAAAACCCUUAGCUACCAGGAGCUCAAUGACAAAGAGCAACAGAAAACGACGUCCCUCACGCCUCCCGCCUCACACGCUCUGCACUCCACCACACAUGGAGUCGAACAUGUCAAGGUCACACCAGAGAUGCCAGUCUCGGUAGAAGCCCUGGGUGAGAUAGUAAAGACGAGCCCGUCGUGUUGGCGAACCUUCUGCGCGCUGGUUUACAUACGAACUGUCCGGAUGAUUAGGGACCCGUAUAAGUUAUAUGUGAUGAUAUUUAUGCCUAUCAUAUCCUGCGCUCUGGGGCUCUACAUAAAAUCUCGUCAGAUAGUAUUCUUUCGGAUGCAACCCCUCAAGCUGGACCCCAACGCGUACGCCAACAAGACCCCGACCGCCUUACACACAGAACUAAACGACUUCCAAGCUGUAGACGAUUUCAAAAGCUCAUUAGAAACCUUGGGAGCGUAUCCAAUAGGAUUGUUCGAUGGAAAUUUCUCGAGCCUACUUGAUAUGGAAAAUUUUGGCGCGUUCAGUUUGAAAGAAAGUCCGAUUCCAUACGGGAACAUAUUGGCCUAUUAUAAUAGCACUUAUACGCACAGUUUGCCUAUUAUUGUUAAUCUUUUGGACAAUAGUAUUUACAGGGUUUUAAUGUCAGCGUCAGGGCAAUUAGAAAACUUCAGGCCUAUAGAAGUCUUGACGCAUCCAUUCCAACAAACAGAGCAGCCAGAAGAGUUUAAUCUCGGUAGCGUUGUUUGCGCCAUCUUCAUGGGAAUGAUAUUUGCAUUGGUUCCCGUUACGUUGGCUGUUGAUAUUGUGUAUGAUAGAGAGAUUAAGGCGAAGAAUCAGUUGCGGGUGAAUGGUCUGUCCAUGAGUAUGUACUUCCUUACGUACUUCACCAUUCUCAUCUUCAUCAUGAUUCUUACGAGCGUCGGUGUAUUGGUACUUGUAAUCAUAAACGACAUUCCAAGCUUAACUAACGGAUCUGCGAUUACCAUGCUCACCGGCCUCCUCGUCUUGUACAGCCCUUCCGCCAUUUUGUUUAACACGUGCCUCUCUUACAUCUUCGACAAAAUGGACUCCGCGCAGUCUAUCAUGCCCAAUAUCACCACCUGGGUUGGAGUCAUUCCUUUUGUUAUGGUCGCUUGUUUGGACACUUUUAAGUGGGGUAGUGAAAUAGCAUUCUACCUCCACACGCUAUUCAGUUUCUUAGACGUGAUGUACAUACCGUACGCCAUUAUUUAUUAUGUGGAUAGGGUGUACCUGACGUGCAACCUGAGCGGGCUGUGCACGGUGCCGGCGCUGUCGAGCUACUUCACGGCGGAGGUGUGGGUGCUGAUCGGCGCCAUGCUGCUGCACGUGCCGCUGUGCGGCGCGGCGCUGCUGGCCGCCGACCGGCUCAAGUCGGGCGCUAGGAUAUGUCCGCGUAAGAAAAUCGAGCCAGACAAGUGUUUGGACUCAGAAUCAGAGGCCGGCGGUGAGGUCGGCGAGGAUGAGGAUGUGAGACGCGAGCGGCGCCGGGUCGCGAACAUACUGCAGCAGAUACAGAGCAAGCAAGCGCAGCAACUACCCGCCUUACUCGUGCAUAACCUUCGCAAAGAAUACAAGAUAAGGAAUUCGGAAGUGUCCUGGUGCGGCGACCGGGAGGGCGGCAAGCGCGCGGCCGUCGCGCGGCUGUCGCUCGCCGUGCACGGCGGGGAGGUGUUCGGCCUGCUGGGGCACAACGGCGCUGGGAAAACCACCACUAUGAAGAUCAUCACUGCUGAGGAGCGCUUGACUAACGGCACUGUGAUGCUCGGGGGCAAGAGCAUAGAGGAGGUGCAGUCGAGCGCGUUCCAGCUGCUCGGCUACUGCCCGCAGCACGACGCGCUCUGGAAGAACGUCACCAUCCGCGAGCACAUCGAGUGCUACGCAGCCAUACGCGGGAUCAGCAAGGCGGACACGCCCAGGAUAGUGGACGCGUACCUAAACGGGCUGCAGAUAAUGGAGCACGCGAGCAAGAACGCGGACGAAUGCUCCGGCGGCACGCGGCGCAAGCUGUCCUUCGCGCUGGCCAUGGUGGGCAGCCCGCGCGUCGUGCUGCUGGACGAGCCCUCCACCGGCAUGGACCCUCGCAGCAAGCGGUUCCUAUGGGACACCAUAUUGGCUAGCUUCCAGGGUAGGAAAGGUGCUAUAUUAACAACACAUUCCAUGGAGGAGGCUGACGCCUUGUGUUCCAGAGUUGGGAUCAUGGUCAAGGGAGGUCUGCGGUGUGUCGGCUCGACGCAGCACCUCAAGAACUUGUACGGCGCUGGCUACACGCUCGAGAUGAAAAUAGGGCAAAAUAACAAGCAAACGAUGAUGGAAUCUGACAUGUCGAUGUCACCUUCACCGUUGAGAUCUGGUAAUAACUCGCCCUCUUUAGGUGAAGCGGAUGAAGGUGGGUCAGGUGGAGGGUCGUUGACUGCAGAGGUGGAGGUGGAAGGGGAAGCAGACGCAGUAGACGUCAGCAUCCACACGCCGCUGGUGGGCAGCGCGCCGCCGCUGCGGCACCAUCACCAGCGCACGGAGUCGAGCGGCGGCGCGAGCGCGGAGGCGGCGGUGGCGCUGGUGGCCCGGUUGUUCCCGGCGGCCGAGCUGGAGGAGAGCUUCGCGGAGCGGCUAGUGUUCAGCGUGCCGCAGCGCUCCGUCUCCAGCCUGGCCACCUGCUUCCAGCAGAUUGAGGAAGCAAAAGAAAGGCUGAACAUAGUCGAAUACAGCUUCAGCCAGACGACCUUGGAGCAGGUGUUCCUGAAGUUUGCGCAAACCGAGAACGUCGAGUCUUCGGACCAAGAGCAUUAGUUACGUGUAACAUACUACAUAGUCGGUUUACUUGACGAUUCCUUGUAUUUUUAGACAUUUGUUUCAGCGCCAUCUAGUGAAGAAAUUAGGAAAACUCGUAUCGGAAUUUGACAAUUGGCAAGCGGGCAGAUGUCGGUAGUAAUCUGUCUCUUUCGGUUUCAAGUCGUUUGCCAUAAGUCAGAGAGGAACGUAUAAUAAUUUGAAUGUAAGCGGUUAUAAAUUACUAUAGUAGUGAUAAAAUAUGGCAAUAUGAUCUGAUAGCUUUAUAAACGCGUAUAAAAAAGAAUUUUGUAUGUUUAUCAUUAGAUUUCGUACAAUCUUUCAUUCUUCGUGAAAGGGCGGACUGUUUCAAAUGACUGUUAAUAUUAAUCAGUUAAUUAAAUAGUUAUUGUUUUAUGUUCGAUAGACGGAUACAAUCGAUUAUGAUACAAACGAAAUCGUCAAGUAAAUCAAUUGUUUAAGUGCUUCAAACUGUAACAUAAUCGCUUUAAACUAAGUAGAUCUGUUUUGAUUUUAAGCUUUUGUAUGUUUCCAAAGAGAGAAUAGUUAGUAUUUGACAUAAUAUUCAUGUAACGAUACAAUAUUUUGGAAUCUCACACAAAUUCCAGCAUUGAGGUUAUUAAGGAUGUUGUAAUUUUAAAAAAUUGCGUAUUUUAAUUAUUAAUUAAAACUUUAAAAACACCGCGUGAUUACUGAGGAAAUAACAUCAUCAAAAUCUGGAGUUCCAACAUUGACCAAGGUCGUAAUACCACAGAUAAUAUAAUACUAUGUAAUACUACUACUAAAGUAUUAUGUUAUCUGUGGUAAUAGUAAGCCUCGAAUCGAAAUGCCUCGAAUGGUGUAGUUACGCCACUGGAGCCAACAUUUGUCAUUUUCCGGAGCCCAUAUCCUUUUCCUUACCCUUCUCAGUCCUUUCCUUUAUCCCUCACGUCAAUCCUUUCUUAAUCCCUUUCCGGUUUGAAGUCGGCAAUCCAUUCGUAGAGGCGUAAGGCCUGCAAUCGACCU